AUGACGGUCAGAUGGUUCUUGCCGCUGUUGAUGGGCCUUUCCGUGCUCGCUUUUGAGCAGCAUGUCCUGACCAACGAAGACACUCAUACCGGGGUAUUGCGGAGGUUCAGCGUAACCGGAUCUUCCCUUGAGGAUAUUUUGCGAUUGGCGAGCGAACAUGAUCUUGACGUCUGGCAAGUCGCCAGAUCGCACGUCGACAUUUACUCGUCGCGGGAUCGACUCCCAGAGGCGCUCCAACGCGUUUCUCACACCACGACGCCCGUUUUGACGCCGCCACGAAGGCGGCAGGGCUUGGUAAACUCGACUUGGGACUUUGGGACCCUCGAAAACACGACAUACCACGAUGUGUAUCACCCGCUCUUCGAAAUCGAUGAGUUCUUACGGCAACUUUCGAAACUCCACCCCAACACUACCCGCCUUACGAACCUAGGACAUACCGGCCAGGGAAGGGAGAUGAUGGCGCUGACCAUAUCGAAUACAGAGCAUAAUGAGACCCAGACAAUGACGACUAAGAAGAGAAAGAAAGGGAAAAAGAACAGGAAUGGGGAUGGAAAGCUUGGGUUUGUAAUUGUUGGUGCCCAGCAUGCACGAGAGUGGAUCGCAACCGCAACCUCUCUCUACCUCGCCCACGCCCUCCUCUCCGAUCCCUCCUCACCCAACUCACUCUCCCACCUCCUCGAUGUGUUCGAUUUCCACAUCAUCCCUGUACCCAACCCAGAUGGGUACGACUACACCUGGGAGUACGACCGCUACUGGUACAAGAACCGCCAGGUCACCUCCCCCAGGGCCAAGUGCGUAGGCCUCGAUAUGAACAGGAAUUGGGGGUACAAGUGGCAGCCCGACGUUCCGGCUAGUGCAGGCAACUUCACAAAGCCGAAGGAGCCCACAGAUCCGUGCUCACAUUGGUAUCCUGGGUCUAGGCCUUUUGAGGCGCCCGAGGUGAACAAUAUUGCGAACUUUGUGGCUACGCUUCCCGAUUUGAUUGGGUUCCUCGAUUUGAGGAGUUAUGGACAGAUGCUAUCGACGCCGUAUUCAUACUCCUGCAAGAGAAUACCAAAAGCGGCUGAAGAUCUCACUGAGGCAGCGUUAGGUGCCGUGCAAGCUCUAGGUUUUGUUCACGGAACCACGUUCCAAACGGCCACUUUGUGCCGUAUGCUGUACCGGGCGCCGGGGAACAUCCUUGAUUGGAUGUAUAACCGGGCUGGCAUCAAAUUCUCAUAUGUCGCACAUCUCAGGGAUACCGGAACCUAUGGGUUCUCCCUCCCUGAGAGGGAAAUCCGCCCUGUCGGGGAAGAAACUGGUAGCAUGGUAAAAUACCUUGCGACCUUCAUUGCGAAGAGUAACCACAGAAAAUUAUGA